AUGUAUAUAUUACAGGCAGAAGAUCCAGAAAUUUAUUUAAAAGAAGGGAUAUAUUCAGAAAUUGGGGCCGAAGAUAGUGGAGUAGAAGAGGAAGUAACUAAAGAUAUGUCAAAAAAGGACGUUAACGAGGACGAUGCAGAUGGAAACGAUAACGAAGUCUCUGAUGAUGGCGAAUGUAAAGAUACUUCAGCAGUCGAGAAUGCUAAUGGCGAAGAAAUAACGGAGCAGAAAUUAUCUGACGCCCAAAAUAUCGAAGAUGCAGAAGAGGAGAAAGAUGGAGAAAAAAAUGCCAAAGCUAGCGAAUUGGAAGAAUUGGAGCAGGCAGAAAUGCAAACAGAAGAUAUUGAGUUCUCUCAAGAUGAAGUAAAGAAAGGAGAAUCGAAUGAAAAUGUAAACAUCGAGCCAAAUGGAGAAACCGGAGAAGAGGAGAAAGAAAAUAUGAAAGAGGCAGAGAACAACGAGCUAAAUACGGACGUUGAAAAUGUGACAAAAAGUGAGGAAGGUGGCGAGGAAGUCGAGGAUAAGAAAGAAACCGAUGAGGAAAAAUUGGAAGAAAAUAAAGAGGGAAGUGAAGAAGAAAUUAACGCAGAAAAUAAGGAUGAAAAAGAAGAAGAGAAUGAGGAAGAAAACACAACAAAAUCCGAAGAAAACACCGAACAAAGUGAAGAAAAAGUGGAAGAAGAAAAUGUUGAAGCUGAAAAACAGGAAACUGUUGCUGAAUGUAGCGAAGAAAAGAAUGUAGAUGAAAGCACGCAAGAAGAAACGACUGUCCAAGAUAAUGAAGAAAAGGAGGCAGACGAUGGUACUCAAGAAGAAACAGCUGUUGAAACCACUGAAGUGACAGAAAAUAGUCAAGAUGAUAGUCAAGUUUGUGAAGCUAAUAAAGAAGAACAAGUUUCUGAAGUUAGUAAAGAAGAAGAGGAGAAAGAAGAAGAAAAAGCCGAAACAAAGGAAGAAAAUAAAGAGGAAACUCAAGCCGAAAAUGAAGCUAACGAUGAAAAUCAAGAAGAACAAGCAAAAGUUGAAACCCAAGAAAAUAAAAUCGAGGAACAAGAAGUUAAACAAGAUGCAGAAGAAAAUGAAGAAGAAGGAGAUGCUGAAGAAAAUCAAGAGCAGCCAAAUGCUGAUGAACAGAAAGAUGAAGAAUCCGAACAGAAAGACGAAAAUAAGGAAAAUGGAAAUGAAGAAUCUGAAACGAAAGAAAAGGCUGAAGAAAAUACGGAAGAAUCGAACGAACAGAAUAAAGCAGAAACUUCGGGUUCGACGGAAAAUGUGCAUAAAAAGAUGACAAAUUUAGAGAUUUUAAAAGCAGAAACGAAUCCUAAAGAAUUUCAACGUCUUAACGCAGAAGAGAGAGAAGAAAAAAUGAGAAAAUUGAUCAAACUUUUAGAAAGAACUAAAAGAGAAAGGAAAUAUUACGAAAUGCAAAGAGCAGAAUUAGUAAAACGAGCCAAAGAAUUAAAAGAAUUAAAAAUGCACCAACUAGAAAAAGCACGGGAUGCAUGGAAAAAGCGUUAUUAUCAAGCAAAGAAAAACACUCCAAGAUUAGAAGACGAAUGCUUUCAACUCAGACAAGAAUUAGAGAAGUUAGUUAGAGAAAUGUUAAGCCAGAUAUAUAACGAAGAGAAAGCUGCUGCAGGAAGAAACGAACCGUCAUCUAGAACAACAUACAAAUUAGGAAUACUUCGCCUUUUACAAGAUAUAGAAGAAUUAAGGCAGAGAGUCGAAUCGACAAAAAUUAAACUAAAAGCAGAAAUCGAGCUAAGGAGACAAGCCGAGGACGAUGUUAAGAGAUUACGCGAAGAUUUACUUAAGAAAAAAAUUCAAGUGUCUCUUACUCGCGAUAGUAAAUCCUCUUCAUUGAAAUCUGCUUACGGUUAUCGACAGGGUAUCGGUGCCAUUAUGUGAAAAUCCAUUUUUUGUGUUACGAAUGAAUGUUAGAAAUUAUCGCUCUUCCACGGACGAUAGCUGCUUC